CCUCAACCCUCACCUAAGCCACCGCAUUUGAGCAGGCUCUCGAUGCAACGAGAGCGGGUCUCUCUCGACACCCUACCCCUUGAGCUCAUAGCAUACAUUGCUGGCUAUGCUCACAACUGGGAGAAGCUCCCCACGCGACUGAGCGUCUAUGGCGUGCUGGCUGCCACAAACCGGCGCUUACGGGCCUUCGCGUACCCCUUGUCGGUUUCGAGGUUGGUUUUGGAUCCAGACCCUGCACUUUGGGAGACUUUGGAAAGGCAGUUGCAUAAAGCGCACGAAGAUGGUAACUUUUGUUAUGUCCGACAUAUGCAGUACGGACCGAGAACCUACCCUCAGAUAGGGUGCGAUGACACGGCGCCUAGGAGGACCGCUGACUACCAGCUGUCUUCCCUGAUCAUGUACCGGCCUUCGGAACUGCGCAGCUUCAUAUGCCUCUACGCGACUUGCUCGCCCAUACUGGAAGCGCUCAGGGAAUCGUCGCAUAUGCACACGCUGGCGCUUAUGUGGCGCGGCGUCACCUUCCCGGACCUGCGGUCGUUUCCGCGGCUGAAGACCCUACGCCUGCAGACGCCCUUCGAAAUCGUCGACAGCUUCGCCCUCCCGCCGCCGCGGAAGCUCGACUGGCGGCACGCUGCGCUGACGACGCUUGUGAUCCAUGGUCCACGCUCGCUGCCCCGGGCCCUGACCCUCGCGUUGCACGACGCGUGUCCGGCGCUCCGCGUGCUGAGCCUACAGGAUACGCGGGUGACGCCCGAGGAGGUCUUCCAUAUCAUCGCGACUCACGCGGGGAUAGAGGAGGGGAACUUCAGCUUUUAUGGCCAGAUAUGUGUAAGGCGGCCGUUACUCCUCGGCAACGUCAUGCGCGCGAUACAGGGGGAGGGCUCGUGGGCAAGGUCGCUCUCGCAACCCCACGACGACCCUCGAAAGUUGAAUGCCAACUGGUUGCCGACGGAAGCAUGGAAGCGGGUACCGAUUAGCGGGUUCGCUUUUGCUCGUGCGCGUAACGUCGACGAGACGGACGCGGCAUAUGCAGUGUCAGAGCUCACGCUGCAGCAAGUUCUUGCCACGUCGGAUGACGAGGUUACGACAGACGACCUUUCGAUCAUACUCGGCCAGCUUCCAGGAGUCCCGGGGUUGGAGAAGGUCCAGCACUUAGCCCUGCAUAUCUCUUCGGGACCGCUCGCAGGCUGCGACACCUUCGAUGAAUGGGCGGCCUCCUUGGCGCGACUAUUGAGUCAUUGGACGGAGCUGCGCACCGUGCGUCUGAAGGUCGAUCUUCUGUCCUCGAAGUGGGACCGGCACACCAACUACGCCGUUCUGGACGAUCUGGAGCCGCCCGUCAACGAUAGAGGCGAUGGAGACUACCACACGCUCGGCCAAGCACUGAAGACCCUCGAACAGCAAAUCAUCGUUGAACCUGGAAUGCGCGGGCUCAUGGAGGGUUUGCAAGCGUUAUUCGACGAUGAUUCUCCAGACCUCUACCUCCCCGACGGAACAAUCAACACGGAACUGGUGCUCAUACCAAUAUGGGAGGAAAGGCAUUGCGUGCAAGUCGCGAAGGCGGUUCGACGAAUUGCCACUGCCUGCCCACUGUUGACGGAGUUCAAGUGGCAUACCUGCGUGGAUCUGAUCGUGGACCCUACCUGGACGUGGAAGAUCAGAAGGAAAGGCGGUAGUGGGAAGGAUGCACAGAGUGUUCACCAAGUCGUGGGCGACUUGUUAUGGCCCGAUUUCUGUGUGAGGGGUACUCCGUACAGCUUCGAAAACCUUGUAGGACAGGAGCUUCGACAAGCUGAGUUAGCCCAUCGUGGCGCUCUCUCUUGACAUAGAAUAG